UUCUGUAAGUCGAUAUUUACAGUGCAGUCGUGCCAAAUCAUAAGGACACAUCUAGUGAAGGAAGGGCUGAGUUAAUAUGCAGCGGAGAGAGCUGACAGUAUAUUUAUGCACUAAGCCAGGUCCAGUAAUCCUGAAACUAGGUAAUAUUAUCAUGCUCUACAGUAACAUUUAGCUUUGUGCAUGAGAGGAACAAUGACUUAAGCCUAAACUCAGCACUCAGACGACAGAAAAGCAACAAGACUUCAGUGGAAUGGAUAACUCAGACAGUCCUGCAACCAAGCAGCGAAAGGCCAAGCAUAUGUUUGGCCUGAAAGUGAAGAAGAAAAAGAAAGUCAACACAGACCUGGUCAUGGCAAACAAGGGAGCUUUGGAGAGUGAGGUGGAGGUGACUUCUGAAGUGUCCAUCCUGGUGGAAGGAGAAAGCAUUGACGAUCAACCAGGACCAUCUGCUAUCAAAACCAGAAUAAUACCAAACAAUAAGAGGGCCAAGCUGAAAACUCGCAUCCAGAGAAGUGAAGGGAAGCCACAGAGCUUUCAGAUCGCCAUUAACAUCACAGAGGCCAGACAGUUGGUGGGAGAAAAUAUUGACCCCAGUAUUGUGAUUGAGAUCGGAGAUGAGAAGAAACAGACUUCAGUCAAAGAAGGAACUAAUGCACCCUUUUAUAAUGAGUAUUUUGUCUUUGACUUCUUUGCCCUCAAAGAAGUCUUCUUUGACAAAGUCAUCAAGCUGACAGUUAUGCACUCUAAAAUGCUGAGGAGUUUCUGUGUUGGGUCCUUUAAGCUAGAUGUGUGGACUGUCUACAAACAGCCAGGUCACCAGUUUGUCAAUAAGUGGGCAAUGCUGACCAAUCCUGGUGACAUUAGCACUGGGGUCAAAGGUUAUGUCAAGUGUGACAUCAGUGUGUCAGCUAAGGGCGAUGCCAUGCAGCCAGGACCAAAAGCGAGUGACGCCGAUGAGCAAAUAGACAAGAACCUGCUGAUACCAGAAGGUUUUCCCGCCGAGCGACCUUGGGCUCGUUUCAGUGUGAAGGUCUAUCAAGCAGAAGGCCUUCCACGAAAUAACUCCAGCAUCAUGGCCAAUGUCACCAAGGCCUUCAUAGGAGACAACACAGCACUCAUAGACCCAUAUGUGGUGGUCAGCUUCUUCAAACGAGUGGGUCGGACAUCCACUCAGAAGUCCACAGCAGACCCAGUGUGGAAUGAGCAGAUUGUCUUCACGGAGAUGUUUCCCCCUCUGUGUCAGAGAUUGAAGAUCCAGGUCUGGGAUGAGGGAAGCAUGAAUGAUGUUGCCAUCGGAACACAUUACUUUGACUUGAGACGCAUCUCCAAUGAACAGGAUGGUGACAGAGGGUUUUUACCAACUUUUGGUCCUGCUUGGAUUAACCUGUAUGGCUCUGCCCGAAACUUUACAUUAGGUGAUGAUACGGCGGAGCUUAAUGAGGGCAUCGGAGAGGGCGUGUCCUACAGGGGUCGGGUCUACAUGGAACUGGCAGUGGAGAUCCUAUCAGGAGGGACGGGUUCAGAGUCUAAACUCGCAAAAAAGAUCAAGCCUGUGAAGGAUGCCAAGGCAGGAAAAGCUGGAGGGAAGGAUGGCAAGACUCCUGCAGGAGGAGGAGCAGGUGCAGCUGCAGGAGGAGCUGCUGAUGAUGACAAAGCAGCAGCAGAGGUCCUGCCUGUGGAAUCUCCUCCUGCGCUGAGUGCAGACAAGGAGAGAUUUCUGCUGUUUGGGACAUUGUUUGAAGCCACUAUGAUUGACAGGAAGAUCGGAGACAAGCCCAUCAGCUUCGAGUUUUCCCUCGGUAAUUAUGGUAAUGUCUUGGAGCCUACAGGCCAGCCCGGCAUCAUCCCUCCUAGUCCUUCUCUCAGUCGGAGGAGAAAAGCACUGGACGUCUCAGACAGCGACGCGUUUGGCUCCUCCCCUCUCAGCACCUCCCCUACCUCCCCGGCUUCCCCCUUACUACCUAGAGAACCUCAGGAGCCCAUCUCGACCCCUAAGUCUGUCACACCUCCAGAAAAACCGCUUACUGUCGAAGGAAACAGGUACUUCAUGUAUCUGCCCCUGGAGAAGCAAAAGCCAUGCAUUAAUGUGCUGAGUCACUGGGAGGACCGGACCUACAGACUCUACAACUCUAAUAUGCUGGAGAAUAUAGCUGUUCUGUUUGAGGAGGGUGUAUCCAGUGCAGCUGAGCUACACAAGAAAUCUGAUCCAGGGACGGAGAAUAUGCUCAAAACUGUUCUCAGAGAAUUCUGUAUGGAUGCCAGGGGUUUCAUAGCAGUAGCAGAGGCCAAGUUAAAAGCGGGGCUAAAAUCGAGCUACCUGACACAGCUGGACAAGAAACGCCUCACAAUGUGUAAACAGGAACUGGAGAGUAUGAUAGGAGAGGCCCAGUCCAUGGUAGAAAGGAAGGGAAAAGUUGGUGGUGUGAAAGAAAUGCUGCAGACGGCAACAAAACUCACGCACAAACUGCGCUUUCUUGUGGAGGAGCCUCAGCACACGGUGCCCGAUGUCUUUGUGUGGUUGCUAAGCAACAACAAGCGUGUUGCGUGCGCUCGGGUCCGAACCAGAGACCUGUUAUUCUCCAAUGACCAGGAGGCCAAAGGAAUCCACUGUGGCAAGAUAAUAACGCUGUAUCUGAGGCCUCCAGGCAAGCGUGUUGCUGCAGACUUGUCAGUCCAAGCAAAGCUGGAUGUGUAUCUGUGGUUUGGAAUCAGUUCAGACUCCAACCACAUGCUGGACAACAUACCUGAAGGUUUUUUUCCCGCCACAGGGGGCGCUGAUGCAAACAACCCUCCAACAUACCUGAAUGGCAUAGAGCAGCAUCAGUUCCAGUUGAGGUGCCACAUGUAUCAGGCUCGUGGUCUGAUCGCUGCAGAUAACACAGGCCUGUCUGACCCUUUUGCUCGAGUCACCUGUCUGUCACACAGCCAAACCACCAAUGUGAUCAGUCAGACCCUCAGUCCAACAUGGAAUCAGUGUUUACUAAUGAGCAGGCUCCUACUGAGCGGAGAUCUACAGCACAUCCAGCAGGAGCCACCACGCAUUCUCAUUGAGGUGUACGACGAUGACGCACUGGGUAAGGCAGAGUAUCUUGGAACCACAGUGGCUGUGCCUGAAGUUCGCUUGUCCUCUGAGCCCUACUCACCUCCAACUCUGCAGUACAGUCCGUUGCACUGUGGCAGCCAGUCAGGCGGAGACCUGCUAGCUGCAUUUGAACUUCUGCAGAUCCCAGAGUCUGGAGAGCAGAACCUUCUGCCGUUAGAGGAACAGUAUGGAGGCAUCUACAGGGUCCCUGCCAACAUCAGACCUGUGCUCAGCACCUACAGGCUGGAGGUGUUAUUCUGGGGUCUGAGGGAGCUGAAGAAGGUUCAGUUCCUGUCUGUUGAUCGCCCACAGGUGUUCAUAGAGUGUGCAGGUAAAACAUUGCGUUCCUCUGUCAUUCAGAAGUACAAGUCCAGCCCGAACUUCACCACGCUGGUUGAUGUCAUAGAGCUGGAGUUACCAGAGAAUGAACACCUCCAUCCUCCUCUCAGUAUCACUGUUGUCGAUUGGCGGGCAUUUGGUCGUAGCACAUUGGUUGGAAACCACAUUAUCAACAAUCUUAAGGGCUUCAAAUAUACUCCACCGCCAGUCCUGCCUACUACCUUACAGAGACAAAAACCUCCCACAGUCACAGACACCCCUGGACUUGCCCUGACACCAGAGCCACAAAGCACUGAGGGACUGUCCCAGCACCCCGGAGAGACCAGUUCAACUGUAGCACUAACAAAUCAGGAUUUCCUGAUCACUGUGGACGAUGAACCCCCACCUCCUGCCCCGAAAACCCCUAAGAAAGAACCCAAGAAGAAAAGGGACAAAGCACAGGACAGCAGUACAAAGACCGUUCGUAGUCGCUCCACCAAGCGGAGAAGACGGACCAUCGCUGACGAGUCAGCAGCGAGUGUCAUUGACUGGUGGUCCAAAUACUAUGCAUCUGUAGAGAAACAGGCCAAACAGAGGGAGAGCACUCCUUUCUCACAAUCCAUCGAAAAAGCUUUGCCAUACCAGAGUUUGCUCAGCGAUGGAAUAGACUCCUUGGUAAGCCCCUCGGAUGGAGACAAAAAGAAAAAACAAAAAGGAAAAGGAAUCUUGGAAGCAAACAUUAGUCUACCUACUAAAUUAGCCGCACUCCAGCUGUACAGCAAGGAGCUGGAGGUAGAGUUUGGGCCUUUUGACGACUGGGUGAACACAUAUGAGCUGUUCAGGGGGAAAGCCACUGAGGAAGACGGGCCGACUGAGGAGAGAUUCGUUGGUAAAUUUAAGGGACGAUUCUGCCUGUAUAAACAGGAUGAGGACCUGGACGGAGUUGCAGACGGCGGGCACUUCAAAGUCAACAGAGGAAUCCCACCUAACAGCCCGGUCCAAGUUAUUAUAAGGAUUUACAUCGUCUCUGCUUCUAACCUGCACCCAGCUGACCCGGAUGGGAAGGCGGACCCAUACAUUGUUCUUCGGCUUGGCAAGAAUGAAAUCAAAGAUAGAGACAACUACAUCCCCAAACAGCUGAAUCCUGUGUUUGGGAGAUCUUUUGAGAUGCAUGCAACAUUUCCUCAAGAGUCUUUGCUGUCAGUGCUGAUCUAUGACUUUGACUUGGUGGGAGGGGAUGACCUGAUUGGAGAGACUCGCAUUGACCUGGAGAACCGAUUCUACAGCCGACACAGAGCCUCCUGUGGACUCCCUACUGAGUACAGCAUUGAUGGUUAUAAUGCCUGGAGAGACUGUCUGAAGCCAUCAGAGCUGCUGUCUAAGCUGUGCAGAGAUAACGGUCUGGAAGAUCCUCUUUUCAGUCCAGGACGCAUCACUGUGGCUGAAAAAGUUUUUACUGGCAAGACCCUCUUCAUGAAUGAAGACGAGCCGGUGGAGUGCUAUGAAAACCUGUCCCUGAAGAUCCUGCACCGCUGGGCGGAGAUCCCAGUUGUGGGAUGCAAGCUUGUGCCAGAACACAUCGAGACCAGAACCUUGUACAGCAAAGCUCGGCCUGGCAUGGACCAGGGUCAGGUCCAGAUGUGGAUAGACAUGUUUCCCAUGGACUUGCCUCAUCCGGGACCCUCAGUGGACAUUUCACCUCGAAAACCAAAAGGGUACGAGCUGCGUAUCGUCAUUUGGAACACAGAAGAUGUGAUUCUGGAGGACAGCAACUUCCUGACCGGUCAACAGUCCAGUGAUAUCUACAUCAAGGGGUGGCUGAAAGGUUUAGAGGAUGACAGACAGGAGACAGAUGUCCACUAUAACUCUCUGACUGGAGAAGGAAACUUCAAUUGGCGCUUUGUGUUCCCCUUCAGCUACCUUCCUGCUGAGAAGAUCAUCGUGGUGCGGAAGAGAGAGAGUAUUUUCUCUCUGGAUAAAACAGAGCAGAAGCUUCCUGCCAUCCUCAUGUUGCAGGUCUGGGACUUUGAGACACUCUCCUCUGAUGACUUCCUAGGCACUGUGGAGUUAGAUCUUCAUGGUUUCCCUCGGGGAGCGAAGACGGCAAAGUCAUGUAAGGUGGACAUGAUGACAGACGGGACAGAGAAAAUCUCCAUCUUCCAGCAGAAGAGAGCGAGAGGAUGGUGGCCCUUCAGCAAGUCUGGAGAGUUGACGGGAAAAGUGGAGGCAGAGUUUCAUCUUGUGACAGCUGAGGAGGCAGAGAAAAAUCCUGUUGGCCGAGCCCGCAAGGAGCCAGAGCCGCUCCCAAAACCAAAUCGUCCAGACACCUCCUUCUCAUGGUUUGUCAAUCCAUUCAAAUGUUUCUUCCACUUGGUGUGGCGAAGCUACAAGAAGUACAUCAUCAUCGCCCUAGUCGUGCUCAUCACAAUGCUGUUCCUCGCCCUGCUGUUCUACACACUACCAGGAGCCAUUUCUCAGAAGAUAGUCAAUGGAUAACACACACACACCUACACUAUGUUCACACUGUAGUUCUUAUCUAUUCAAUAUAUUGUAUUAUUUUUACAUGAUGUGACUCCCCCACUGUGCCUGGCAAUAGACCUUUUUCUCAGCGGACAUGUUGACAUGAAAUAGUAGGAAAACGCAGGUGUCCAAGAUUCAGUUCCAUUUAUUUCAGCAGAGACUUUCCAGUGAGCCAAGAUGCAUCACAGCAGCACCCUGACAGAGCUUAUGACAACUUACAUCAUAACAACCAAGAGUUAAUGGUGAAAGGCUUGUCCUCUCAAUACCUUUCAUAAAGAGAUCCCAUUGGUGCGCCAGUACAACUACAAAAGUGCCUUCUGUUCAGCCGAAGCUAUCAUGAGACUUCAGGGGUCUGAGCUGACAAACUGAGUGGCUAUUUUCCAAAUUUAGGAUCUCUUUAACUGUUUGACAGAAAUUUCCUCUUGACAGUGUUUGUCUGCGAGGUGUCAGCCAGGCAGGCAGCCAGGACAAAAAAGCCUACUGCCAUGAAAAUGCUGAUUUUGUUUGGCUUCAGCUGAACUACAUUUUUAUACAGAAUGAGAACUGUUUUCU